AUGACAAUAAACGGAGGUUUUGCAUUGAAUGGAAAUCAAUCCUUUCAAAAUCUAACAGGAACAGCAUUAGAAAUGUGUUCGAAUGCGCCAUUAACGGGCUACUUUCGUAAUGGCUAUUGUGCAACAUGUCCAGAUGAUCAUGGUUUACAUACUGUAUGUGCACAAAUGACAAAUGAAUUUCUUGAUUUUACACGUUCACAUGGAAAUGAUUUGACAACUCCACAUCCGCCUUACUUUCCAGGUCUUCAAGUAGGCGAUAAAUGGUGUUUAUGUGCAGCGAGAUGGUUUGACGCUUUUCAAGUUGGUAAAGCACCAAACAUUUUUGCACGAGCAACAAAUUCAGCUAAUUUACAACAAGAACAAAUUAAUAAUUUACUGUCGAAAGCGAUUGAUAUGAUGUAA